GUGAUCGGCUACUUCGUGGUCUGCCUGUGGCUGGUACCACUUGAGUUGCUCGUCUCGCUGUCGGCCAACGAGAACGUGCUGCCGACGGUGGCCGAUCACAGCUCCUCUAACCGGCACGAAGACGACGUGCUCAGUAAUUACUUCUCACGCAAGGGCAAAAAGUACGGCCUGCUGAGCCUGUUCAAUUACGCCAAAGACGGUCUGCUACCAGUGCGCAACAAGAAGUCCUACUAAUGAGCCGCGUUCGUCGCCCCGCGUGGCACGAUGUGGCCUCCAGCCGAGCGGCGCUGACACCAGCGCGCCGCGCAUUCGUUUAGAGGGACACCUGCCGUCCGCACUCAGUGAGAGGCCAGCUCUGCGCGCCGCGGCGGGCCGGUGAGCUCCCGCCGCCGCGUCGACCGGCGGCGUCGCCGCCGCGGCCGGAGUCAGCCCGUGUCAACUGAGGUCGAUCACCACUGGUGUCGGGCCGAAGGUUUUUGUGCGCGCCGUUGGCCGACGGCGGCUUGUCAGUAGACCGCACGCGCCAGCUGACGCCCGGUCCCGCCGGCGGGACACCUGCCGUCCAGCCAAACCUGCUAACAGCCGAUGGCGGGGCGGCGCCCAGCGCUGGCGGCAGUAUUUGUACGAAUGUGACCUGAUUUGACCUCUGUGAUCGCGCGUGACAUUCAUUUGCGUGCUUUAGUGCCAGUCACUGUGUCCGGCGCGGGCGAGUGUCCGUACA